AUGAGGCCAGAGGUCGUUCACAACUUUAGAGUAACACAAUUGUCGUGUACAGGAAAGGACCAGUUGGAUGUGGUCAGGAAAUGUGGUGUUUUCAACUACAUUCUGGUUGGAAAAAGGGGAUUUUAUCGCCGUUGUAUUAAGGAAAUACGUAUGGUGGUUCUUAUGGAUAUUGUAGCUGAAGGGGAUGGCGACAAGGGCCGUUGUAACAAGGACUCGCGAACCGAGGAAACAACGAAAGAUCGUUGCCUUAUGUUGGGGAAUUUAAUACCAUCGACAAUUCCCAAUUCGCUUAUUUACCGCUAUGAGGAUUUUAUAAGCAAUAAAAUUGCUAAUGGGUUUUAUGGAGAUAUAUUUAAGGUAAGGAUAUGUUUGGAACUACACAUAUUUAAAACUUGCAGGUAGUUUGGAUCGGUUUGAAAUUCGUCACGAGACCCAGUGUCACCGUAGCUUGUUUUGUUUUCGUUUGUUAGGUUCAGCAUCGCAAAACAGGGGAAAUUAUGGUUUUAAAGAUGAACAAACCUAAUGUGGAAUUCGAAUGCUGUACAAUGUUAGAGGAAAUCAAGUUAAUGAGCCAUCUGUCUCACCCAAAUAUCGUAAGGUGAAUUUGCUGAUAACCGUUUCCUCCUCCGCUCGUUUCAGUUGUUUGGCUGUAAACCUACAUUGCUAAAUCUUGUCGAUGAGAUUUUGCAUGAACUCACACACUGAAAUAAAUUUUUCCUCAGGUUUCUUGGUGUUUGCCUAGCGGACAGUAGAAUGCAUCUUCUAAUAGAGGUAUAUAGUGCUUUCAUUUUCGAGCUGUCUGAGUUUUAAUACAAAAAGUUUUUUUUAAUAUCCCUGUUCCCCAAGGUAAACAUGGUGUGAUGCACAAAUUGGACACGUUUCAUGUCAUUGCGCGUAGUUAUAUGACAAUUUUCGACCUUGAUGAAAGCGUAUUAUAUUUUCUUUUCAGUAUGUCAAUGGCGGAGAACUAGAAGAACUUUUGCUAGACUAUUCAAUACACUUGGAUUGGUCGACGCGACUCUAUCUUGCCAAAGAUAUUGCUGAAGGAAUGAGAUACCUCCACAAGGAAGGAGUUAUUCAUAGAGAUUUAACAUCCAAGGUAACCUUAAAACUUAAAGGCCUUUUACAAAAAAGUUUUGUUGACAAUUUUGUUUUCUUUAUUUGUUAUCCGUGUUUCUUCCAAAUUUCAGAAUUGCUUGAUAAAAGAACGGAAUGGUUGGCGGUAUGGCAUUGUUGCAGAUUUAGGUUUAGCAACGGAAAUUAAGUGAGUAGUUUCUUAAUUAAGUGUCAUAAAUUCAUACUUAUGCUGAGUUUGGGAAGAAACAAGUGUUUAUUUUCACAAGAGGUACAAGUUUGGUGUGAUAAUAAGUAUGGAAGUUUCUGGUGAUAUUUGUGUAAAAAUAAACAUAGUGGAUAUAUGCAUUUUACUUAAUCUUGUUUGUUUCCUUAAGGAAAUUGCCCAAGUGAGUAUGGAGCAGCCAGAUAAAAUUUUAUCUUAGGGCUAAAAGUCAAAGAGAGUUCACAAAACAAUUUGAAAAAAUAAACUAAACUUAAAGGGAGUUUUUUAACUGAAAGUAGCAACAAAUUCUUUGUGAAGAGCUCUUUUUCUUUUUUUCCUUUUUUUUUUUUUAACCUGGAUGUGAUUUUAAAAUCCACUUCAGGUUUUCCUUUGAAACAUUCUAUUAUAGAUACAAAACCACACUAAAGUCCUUCCUUGAAAUGGUUUUGGAUGAUAUUGAAAAUGAAAAUAUAAAAUCAGAUUUGUAUUUUGUAUUUUCAAAUCUGAAAAUUAAGGUUUUAAAACUCCAAAUCAAGAUUUCCCUGUCAAAAUUAUCCUUGCAAAAAAAUAAAAAACUGCAGCUGUGAGUAGUUAACUUUGGGGGACUGACGCUAUCAUAAUGGUUUUAAAGUGAAUUUUACAUUUUCCUUGUACCUAAGCUGAACUUUUGAAACCUAAAAAACUGAGUCACAUUUAACGGAAAUCUCAGGUGCCAAGUGUUUUUGUUAUUCCCAUUUAAAACCCAGUUUUUAAUUAACACUUUGUAUUGGAUGAUGUCUCAGUUUGGAAAGUUGUCUUGCUAAUUUGCUUCAAUGAAGUAAAUUAGCAAGGCGAGUGGGCGGUAUUAGAAGAAGAUAUAUAUGGCAUACCUCCUAGCUCAAUGAUAAUUAAAAUUCACACCACUUCUGUUAGCUAAAGUAAACCAGUUCUUUUUAUAGUAUCAGCAUUCAAGACAAAUAUAUAAUUUCACCCCUAGAGUGUCUAGUUUCUAUUGGUAUUAUCACCUGUUCCCUGUGGUUGCCUUAGAAACAGUAAAAUAAACUUUCAAAUUUUCCUUUUGUAAGAAUUUAAGGGUAGAAAAUAUUGUUCCCUAUGUUAUGCUGAAUCUUGGCAAUAUUCUCUGCAUUGUCAUAAUGUCAGCUAGAGUCCUGGCUGUUUUUGAUGGUUCAUAGUGUUUUAGAUUGGCUGAAAACAGUGACGUAAAUUUUCAAAUUUUUGUUAGUAAGAAUCCCAAGAUAGAAAUAUUGUUCUCUCCAUAAUGUUAAAUUUUGCCAUUAUUCUCUGUAUUGUCAUGAUGUCAGCUAGAGUCCUGGCUGUUUUUGUUGGUGCCCACUGUGUUUUAGAUAUGCUAGCACAGAAUACAGUCUUGCAUGUACAGUAAUUUUUACACAGUUUGUUGGAUUGUGUUGUAACUCUAGUUUUGUCUUGUGCUUUAGAGAACAGUCAAUUGUUGGAUCCCCAUACAACAUGGCUCCGGAACUUUUACGGGGUGAAGCUUACGAUGAGAAGGUAGGCUGGUGCUAUUCUUGUUGUACAUGUACAUGUUAACUGUUUUGGGACUCUCAGUUUAAACCUUUCUGACGGAAAAUUAAAAGUCAACAGGGGGCCACAGUGACAGAAAAGUCAGGAAAAAACGUUUUUUUCAAACUCUGGUAAAAGUCAGAAAUUUUGCAGUUACAUGUAGAAUAUCUGUACAAGAAAGUUAAAAUAAAAUAUGGUAAAGUAAAAAAACAAAUGCAUACGUUUGAUUUGUAGUUGUUCAAAUUUGAUUCUCCAGUUCUCAUGAAAAAUGCAUAUCUUUUGAAAAUCAUUAAAAAGUAAAGGAAAAAAUGAAGGCCCGCAAAAAACACUCGGAAAAUACUAGGGAAAUGGAAAUUAUUGAGGGGAGGGGGGGGCAAGAAGUCAGGGGAAAGUCUGAAUUUUUUUUUCACAAGAGUGCCAGUCCUUUGCAAACAUUUUUAUCAUUAAAAAGUUAAAGGAAAAAAAUGAAGGCCCGCAAAAAACACUUGGAAAAUACUAGGGAAAUGGAAAUUAUUGAGGGGAGGGGAGGGGAAGAAGCAGGGGAAAGUCGGGUUUUUUUUGCACAAGAGUGCCAGUCCUUUGCAAAAAUUUUUUAUUAGUACUUCAUUCUUACAGUUGCAAAACUAUAAGUACAUCAUACAUUUGUGUAUGCGUGGCAUUACUUGAAUGUGUUUUUAAUAUUAAAAUACCACCAAUAAUCUUGAAUUAUCUUUACGAGGUGAAAACAAUGAAAUUGUUACUCCAUAUGAUUCAUAGUGCCCCUCUAGUCAAACAGCAGUUUGAACACCUUCUUUAAAUCGUAGAAUCCUGUUAACAUCUUCAGUCCAGCAUCAUCAGGGGUCUCACCCAACCAUUGUCUUCUUUAGUAACAGUAUCAUUCAUUCAACAACAACGAUAAAAUAAUCCCAUGAAUUCAAGAAUCUGAAAUAUAACAAGGGAUUUAUGUUUAAAAAAAUUCUAAGUUUUGUAGGUUUUUUGUUGUUGUUGUGGGUUUGUAAAUGUUUCUACUAUAAAAUUGAUAUAGGGCUCUUUGUGGUGUCCUGCAAAAAGCUUAUUGAUCAUCAUGGCAGCCAGAAAGUGAAAGAAGUACAUUGUACAUACAACACAUAGAGGGACACUUCUGUUGACUAUAAUACAAUGUACAUUUUGCCAUUACUCAACACUCAUUGCUAGUUUGAUUUUAAUGCUUCUUAAUAUUAUUAUUGCUUUGUUGUAUAAUUUUUGUCCUUGCAUGAUUGCAAGUGCAAUCUUCAAAUAGAGCCAACACACUGUGCUCCAAGCUUUUUUUUAAAGCUGAAUUUUUGAAACCUAAAAUUACCAAAUGGUCGCUGGAUCAAAUAGAAUAUGGUGAGAAAAAUGAGUUUGAAAUAUAUACUAGUUAUCAAAAUUGGCUGCAAUUUUGGUGACCAAAAUUUUUUUCUACUCCCCAUUGUGACAAAAAAUGGUUGCAUGUACUGCCACUGGGUGAUUUUCAGUGCUGUGUGAUCGCCCAGUAUGAGACCAUAGUAUAAAACAGGUGCAAUAUUGUAGUGUACAGAUAGCUCAGGAGUUACACUUCUGAUCUGUACAGUACAGUAGUUGGUAAACAAACAAUCUUUGGCACCAAGAAAUUACCUUUAGCUUGUGCAGUCAACCCACCUCUCUGAUCAAACAGUCCCUGAAAACAAAGAAACCUCGCUAAAGCAGAUACCUAGGGUUUGUACCUACCUUUCUUCACUCCUUGUAGUUGACUUUCUAUAAGAGGGACACCUAUACUUCUUAAAGGGACACUUACACUGUUGAUUUGGUCCGUGACCUAAUUUCUUCAUUCCCUUUUAUAGUUGACUGUCUAUAAGAUGGACAUUUUGCUAAAACACAGACACCUAAAGUUCGUCCCUGUCUCUCUUUGCUCCUAAAGUUGACUCUCUAUAAGGAGGGUACCUAGAGCUGAUAUCUGCCUUUCUGUACUCCUUUGAGUUGACUCUCUAUAAAACGAAGAUCUCUUAAAGGUGCCGACACAUUGUGGCAGUCCCAAAGGUGUCCAACUUAGAGAAAGUUAACAUACUUGUAUGACUGGCUCAUUGUUUAGACUGACUGCUUAACCUUAACCUAGGGCACAGUCCUUCACUACAUGCCCUUUUUGGUUCUCGUUGGACACGUUUCUUAGUUUUAUUGUACAUAACUGUAACAAUUUCUCAGGUGGCUACCCACUGAGAGGUACGUCUACAAAUGGACACUUAAUGAGAGGUUUUGUUAACGUUGACUCACUGACGAUUUUGUCUGUUGUGAGGGCGGCCACUUAGAAUAGGUGUCAACUGUAGUUUUUUCAGGACAGAUUAGUGUGAAUGUUAUUCGAUAGACCUCUUGGAUAUUGUUUAUCCUGCAUAGGCUGAUGUAUUUUCCUAUGGGAUUAUUCUGUGUGAGAUAAUUGGUCGAGUUCCAGCUGAUCCAGAUGAGUUACCCCGUACACAGGUGCGUUCAUAUCUUAAUUUAGAAGAGCCACAGGAUUUAGUGAAUUCCUAGUGUUUUCGCUAUUUCCAAAAAUCACAAUUUUGUUUUUUAAGCCUUGUGAACAAAUGAUACUGCUCUAAUGCAAGAAACUUUUCUUAACCUGAAGACUCCUUUGAAGACUUGUUACGUUUACCCAUAUCGGAAGUUCUGGCUUUUCUAGAGUCAUUUUUUAUGUUCUUUUCCAUCAUUUUUUAAGAAAAGAAUAAUAAUAAUCUGAGCAGGUACAAGUUCAUCAUGACGUCUCGCCAGGUUAAGCAUACCCGCCUAGAUUUUUUAAAUGAGUUGAUUGCACAGUGUGCAAAAAUUUGGCUUAUCUCUGUUACUUUUCGUAAUUUUCGCUAUUUCCAGAAAUCGCAAUUUUGUUUUGGAGUCUUGUGAACAAAGGUUACGGCUGCCUGCCGACUUGUUACGUUUUGCCGUCUCGGAAGUUCUGGGUUGUGUAGGACGUACAAUUGUGGGUUGCUUAAUUUGGAGGACUUCAGAAUGUGGUAACAGCAUCAGUGCAUGACACACUUGCCAUUUUUGUUCUUGCCACAUUUUGACACCAUUUAUUAUCUACAGUCGACUACCGAUAACUCGAACCUUCUAGAGAAAUAAAAUUAAGUUCUUGUUAUCGGGAUUUCGAGUUACCUGGAGCUGAAGCAAUGACCGAAAAUAAGGAGUUGGGAUGGGGAAGCAAUGCAAGUACCAUGUUAAGUGUACAUCAGGGGCAGCAAGAGAUAAAAGGAUAUUGUGAUAAAGGAAUUAAACAACAAAGCUUGAUCAGGGCUGGACACUGUAUUUGAACUGGACCGAAAAAAGCUAAAAAGACAAGAAUGCACGGUUGACACGGAUGUUUCUUUUUUAAUAUAUUCAAUAUUUCCGACCUCGUACACGUUUUUGUUUUUCGAUUUGCUACGCGUUUAACACAUGGUUCGAGUUAUGGAGGGUAAAUUAAUAUAGAAAUGAUCUGAAGGGAAGCAAAAAUUAGUUGGAGUUUUAGCGGUACGGUUAUUCAAGCAAUGUUGCUAAUUUGCAGGGUUCGAGUUACCUCCAGUACAUGUAAAUGUAUUAAUGGUAAAAUUAUGCAGAAAUGAUCUGCGGGGAAACAAGAAUUACUUUGAUUAGCUGCAGGUUUUAGUUAUCGUGUGUAAAAUUACAGUACAUGUAAAUGUAUGAAGGAAAUCCAGGGGAAAUCGGUUUUGGUUCGAGGUAGCGCGAGGUUCGAGUUAGCGAGAGUUCGAGUUAUCGAUUGUCGACUGUCUUUACGCAAGACAACGUAAUAUCGAGAUACCGUAAAAAUUCCGAAAAUAGGCCCCUCCAUGUAUAAGUCCCUCCAAAUAUAAGCCCCCCAAACCGGUAACGCGAAAAAACCCUCCGUUAACCCCUCCAAAUAUAAGCCUCCGGGGGCUUGUACUUGGAAAGUUGCCCUCAAAUACAAAGUAAAACAAAGCAAAAAGGCUUAAUUUACUUCAUUAUAAGGCUAGCCCAAUCGAUUUUGAAACGCAAAUUUCCCACCGUAGAUAAGCUCCUCCGAAUAUAGGCCCCUCCAAAAAUAAGCCCCUUCAAAAGGGCCUUUGAAAAAUAUAAGCCCCGGGGCUUAUUUUCCGAAUUUUACGGUAUAUAUCUUGUUGAAAUAUCGAUAUUCCUACCUUUGCAUCGGUGUAUAGUUGCACUGCUUUGCUUUCAUGUGAAUCCAGUACUCAAUACAGAAAAGAAGCUGAUAACGGCAACAAUUCAUACGUAUCCCAUUUUCAAAUAAUCAAUUGGGGGUACGCUGUACUGACGCCUGUCAAUACUUGGAUUAAUGUUUCGUUCUGUCCUCAGGCUUCAAGAGUAAAACUAGUUUCUACCGUAUUUAUUCGAUUAACCGCCCUGGGCGCUUAUUAAAUAUUUGGGCCUUGAGAGUGGGCGCUUAUUCGAGGUGGGCGCUUAUUCGAGGCUGGGCGCUUAUUAAAUGUUCACCAUUUUCAGCAAGUGAAGUAUGUUUAUUUUGCAACAAAACAAUAAAUGCUCAUAACAAAACGCGAAGAAGUAACGAAGCAAGAUUUCUGUAAAAUACUCUGAAGAAAACUCGUCCUCGGGGAAGUCUCUUAUUAGAAGUUAUUCAGUCAAGUGGGUGGGGUGGGGGUGAGCGCUUAUUUGAGUUUGAUUGGGAGGAGGAGGGGGUGGGCGCUUAUUCGAGGUGGGCGCUAAUUCGAGGUUGGGCGCUUAUUCGAAUAAAUACAGGUAUUUGUAUUUACCGCAAUUAUGGCGCUGGUAGUAGAGACAUUCCAGUUUUCAAAACUGUCAAAAUGUUUUUACCUCUUUACCUCUGCCCUCUCAAAGCUUUCAAUUAAUUGGGUCUUGUUCUUGUUGCUCAGAAAUUUGGUGUGGAUAUAGAGAAGUUUCAGCACAUGACGGGUGACUGUCCAAAGGAGUUUCUUCAAACUGCUUUGUGCUGCUGCCAGGUGGGAAUUGUCGUAAAAGUACUCAGAUCUACUUUAAAUACGUAAGUUACUCAGUCAAUUGGGAUUUCAAAGGACAGAGAAAUAGGAGAAGUUAAGUAAUCUCGAUUACAGGGCACACAGUGUGCAUCCUGCAUAAAGUUUAAGAAACUUUUUUGCUUUCUCUAUGCCGUGGAACUCGUGUAGAAAGAUCACUUCCCAAACAGAAAUUCACCUAUAAAGGUAAAAGGGAAACUUCCCACAGUCUCUUCAGUCAAAAGCCUGAAGUAUCUGAGCAGUGACAUUUCGGGUUUACAGAUAAUAAAAUAUUUUUCCCAUAAACACAAGUUACAUCUCUUGCUUAUACUAGAAUAUGAUCGGGCCUGUUUUACCUUUCGCCAUUUGAUGUUGUACGGAAUACCCUUAUCUUUAAGACUCCAAAUAUAUUUACUUAAUUCAGUUGCAUGCUUAUACCGCUCGUUCUUAAAUGAGCACACAUGGUUUCUGUAUCUCAGCUUAAAGGUUGUAUCGCAAAGACCAAUGUAUGUCUCUCUUGAAGAUGGUGUCGUGACUUCGGCUUGGUAGAUCAUGUUUUGAUCGUUGCAUUUACCGUCCAUGGGGCACGUGCUUGAGUUCCGGCAGUUACAAUUGCUGUCAUCGGUGGUGUCACUAAUAGGAUCAGAUUUGUUAAUUUGAGCUUUGUUGUGGUUGGAUAUAAUGUUUUUGACAUUUGGCAUACAACUGUAGCUUAAUUUAAGCGUGUUCCUAUUGAAAAUUCUUUGAAGUGGGUGUGAUUUAGGGAAGUGUUGAUCGAUGAGAGAAAGGAAGCACUUUCCUACAUUCGUUUUAACAUUUUUGCUAAAAGGUGGAUUGUACCAAAGAAUGUUUCUUGGUCGGUUCUUCCGUGACUGCUAUAUAUAUAUAUAUAUAUAUAUUUGAUGACGUAUUUAAUGGGUUUACAGGAAAGAGGUAACCGUUUAGAGCAUUUUCCAAAACGCAUCUGUCAGCUACUCUCCUUAAUGUUUUUUUUCCUCCUCUUUUAGAUGGAACCUGCAACACGACCAACAUUUACUGAAACUGCAAAACAUCUAGAAUUUACCCUCGUGGGAUAUAAAGUUCGGCCGAGAAUAGAAGACGCAAUGAAGACAAUAGCACCACUGCCAAACAAUUCCCAUUCACCUGAACAAAAUGAACUUUUAACAUUUAAUGAUAGGACACCUGAAAGUCCCCCAGAUGAAUCUGACAAUGAAAUGAACUCUAAUUCCCCGCCAGCCGCAAGUCCCCCUGCUAUCAUUGUCAGUGCUGAAGCCACUCCACCAAUAAACUUUCGAACGGCUGAAAAACGACGUCAGUCUUGGAUUGCAGGCCGUUAUAAACUUUUCAACUCGGCAACUGAUGAUUUACUAAAGAAUACUCCUGGUAAACUGAAAAAUUUCUUCCACCGUGCUCUACGCAUACAGACUCAAUUUCACCCUUCAAAGCAGAGGAAAGUUAAGGACAGUAGUAAACAAAGGUCAGCAUCUGAACUGAAAAGUUUCACCGUGAUAGGUUCUGAUGAAAAUCUUUCUGUGUCGGGUGAGAAGGUUGAGCAUGGAAGUUCUGGUUCGUCCAACCCAAGUUCAAGCACUGCAUCUUCAAGCGGGCUUCUUCGUAAGAAAAGUUCUGAACAAGACGUGGCACCCAACUUGAGCUUAGAAGAAGUCUUUGUAGAUGGAAGGUAUUCUCCUCAGAAUAGUAACUCACGAAAUGCCGUUUCUCAAAAUUCUGUAAGCCCCAUGCAACCGCCAUCGCCAAGUAUGUUGAAAAGUACCCCGUUGCCAUAUUCUAGUGCUCUUGGAAGUCCAACACUGAAGUGUCAUGAAGAAACGAAUAGACCCAGGUGUGAGUCAACACCCGUAUUCAAUGAACGUAAUUCAGAGUUACUAACAAGACGAACAGUGUCAAACAAAGAAUGUGAAAUGAACAAUGUACAUUCACCUGAGGCACACAUCAAAGAAGAAAACAAGGUCAAGAAUCGAAAAUCGCCAUUCAGAAUUUUUAGAAGAAGGGGAAGCAAGAGCAAAGAGUCUUAAUAGGGGUACAAGUAUCUGUGCCACUUAUCACGCUAAAACAUAAAAAAACUUGCUGGUUGUAUCAUUUAUUUGCCGCUUUCGCAGUGCCCAUACCACAACUUGCUUGCCCGCCAAAAAUUUGCACUAGCAUUGUCUUCAAUUUCUUUUGGAACGUAAUGGCCAGGAGAAGUAGGAAACAAUAGUUAUAUAAAAUUUUGGCGAGCAGAAAAGGUGUGUUCUGCGAAAUGCGAAAGGGGAAAAUGCCAACUUCUACCGGUAUCAAAAGAAACAAAAUAAUUAUCGAACUUUAACAAAUUUAGCAAAAACAAGAUAUACAGUCGAACCUCUUGACAACGACCAUCUUGGAGACGAAUGUAAGUGACCGUUGUAAGUGGGUGGCCGUUAUUGCUAAGGUAGGGUUGUGAUUGGUGAAAUGGUGGAUAGGUGGCCAAAAUUCCACCUGAAAAUUAAAAUUCCUUUUUCGCAAAAUUCUAAAGUAAGAAUAUGUGCUACGCAAAAGUGUUGCUAAAGAAGUUUCAUUUGAAUGGUAGCAUCAUAGGAUUUCGUCCACAGAUUGAAAAGUUAGAAUAUUAAGUCAUCUCGCCAUAACUUGGUCUAGGGGUAAAAGUGUUUAACUUACUGAUCAAAGUUUAUGAAUACGUAACACAACCAUUAUGUCCAUAAAAGAAAAAUAAACUGCUAGAAGGAAAUAUUUUUUAUAGUAAGUGCAUGCGUUUGUUCAUCGUUCGCUCUUUUUUGGCUGUUGAGACGUAACUUUGUGACCGUUGUGUUAUGGUAGGGUGGCCGUCAAAGACAGCUUAAAAUAAGGGCGAAUAUCAAUGUAUGGUCUGUCCAUCGCCAGGUCUGGAGAGGUGCUACUUCAGAGAGGUUCGACUGUAUAAAAGCUGCACUAUAAAUGAUGAUAAGUUAUUACAAAUUAAAUAAAUUGCAAAAAUUGCAACCAAAUUAUAACUGACACCAACAGUUAUUAUAAAUUUUUUAGUAACAAUCUGCUGGUAUUUGUGAAAUGUAAGUAUUCUUAGUGGUAGUUGUCGUUGGAUUAUUUAUUGGCUGUCUAAGAGUUGGUAGACAGGAGGUAGGUCUGCCUACUAGAAUGUGUGAUUUGGUGUAGAAUACUAGUAGAAUGUUACUAUUAACAAUUAUUUAAUUUAUUACACUACUAUUACUUAUAGUAUACUGAAUUUUCAGUUAACAAUACAAAUGUGAUUUCCUUAAGGGAAAAUUUAACUGUAAACUGUGACGUGUCUGUCUUGAAGAGUUGUGCCCUCUAAAGACAGUGUGUGCAGUUACAGACUAGAUGAUUGAUGGAAUUGUGUACAUCGUAUGUGCGCCAAAAUCACCAAAUGAUCUUUUGUGAAUAUAUGUGAGUAUAAAUUUCACUGAAUAACAUAUCGCCGAAUGGUAACUCAGAGGAAACAGUCUACUUUAGAUUGUUAGAUAUCUAUCACAACACAACCCAUUUUCCACGGAACUUAAAUCUACACGAAAGUAAGGUAAUCUUUGACUUUACACCAUGGGUAAUUAUAAAUUGUGGUUACUUUCUGUUUGAAGUUUAAGAAUGUCGUGGUUAGAUUAAUAUGCUUUUUACGUGAUGCCAUCCAUGGUUAGAACAUAGAGAGCCAGUAAAAGUCGUCACGUCAUGUUACCAUGGUAGCUGAAUUUCUGGAUCUCAUUGACAAACCGUGCAACCUCGUCCUCAGGGUUUUUUCCUACCCGUCUCUUUCGCUCCCCAGGGACGGUCAGGAGAGAAUCCUACAAACGAGAUUGCAAACCGUGAUCCUGCAAAUGUGGCAAUAAAAAAGCAAACAACGAAAAAAUGGGCAGAUGUGACUUGCCUGUGCAUGAUUGCUCUCGGGAACCAAACGGUACCCCACACGUUUCUUCUAUCGUUCGACAUUACAAAUGGUCGUCUCUGCCAUGAAAUUGUUGAGUUCCAGAAAUUUUGCUACUAAGGUAACGUAAUGCAACACUUCUCCUCUCUGUUGUGUUUGUGUUACGCGUUUAAGACUAAUUUGAACCUUCAGUGGAGGUGGUAUUAUACUCACACCUCUGUUACUCUUUGGAUUAAACCUGCAAGAUGUUGAAAUUUUGAUUAUCCGUUUUGGUACGAGAUGUUUGAAAGUUCUUUAUGACACGUGAGGCAUGUGAGAUGUGAAAUGUAUGGGAUUAAUUGACUAAGUUCACUUUCGAAUUGG